UCCAACUCUCAGCCUUCCAGCUGGACCCUGCUGUUGCACAUCUCACUGCGUGGGGUUUAAACAAGGACACAAACACACCUGACGGCUGAGGAGGGCCACAGGACCAAGUUGUAAUUUUUGACAGGAAAUCUUCCAUUCAGCAGCUGAUCUAGAUUUUCCUCAUUGUUGUCAUACUGACCAGUCUCCUAAUAAAACCAUGAGGGUCUUCCUCCUGCUUUGCCUACUGAUGCUGGGCAAUGCCAAACCCUACCAGCCAAUCAACGUCAUGGACUUCAUGAAAAACUAUGACAUCAUGAUGGCAGACUCAAGUGAUGAUGACGAUGAUGAUAACGAUGACAACGAUGAUGACGAUGAUGAUGAUGAUUAUGAUGAUGAUAACUGUCCAGCUGGGUGCCAUUGCUCACCCAGAGCAGUGCAGUGCUCUGACCAGGGUCAAAUCUCUGUUCCAGAAAAGAUCCCUGAAGACACUGUGAUUCUUGACCUACAGAACAAUGAUAUUACUGAGAUCAAGGAAGAUGACUUCAAAGGCCUCAAAAAGCUCCAUGGACUGUUUUUGAUCAACAAUAAGAUCUCUAAGAUUCACCCGAAGGCCUUCAAAAACAUGGACAAUCUGAAACUGCUGUACCUCUCUUACAACCUACUGACUGAGAUCCCUGAAAACCUGCCUCCCAACGUCGUCGAGCUUCGCUUUCAUGAAAACAAGAUCAACAGAAUCCAGAAGGAUGCAUUCAAAGGUCUGAGGAAACUCCAUGUGCUGGAGCUGGGUGCCAACCCGCUUGCCAACAGUGGGAUUGAGCUUGGAGCAUUUAAUGGUUUGUCGAGCCUGUACAUUGGCAUGGCAGAGGCCAAACUUACUGCUGUACCAAAAGACCUCCCAACAUCCAUCACACAGCUGAGCCUGGACUACAACAAGAUAGUAAAGGUGGAGAUAGAAGACUUCCUCAGAUACAAAAACCUGCAAUGGCUCGGGCUUGGUUUUAACCAGAUAAAAUCUGUAGAAAAUGGCAGCUUAGCCAGCAUUCCAAGCAUCCGUGAAAUCCACUUGGACAACAAUCGUCUGAGAAAGGUCCCACCAGGCCUCAGCUCCCUGCGCUACCUCCAGGUGAUUUACCUCCAUGGAAACAAAAUCAGCAGUGUGGGACUCAACGACUUUUGUCCCAUUAGUUUCAGUGUCAAGAAGAACCUAUUUACAGGCAUCAGUCUGUUUGCCAACCCAGUUAAAUACUGGGACAUUCAGCCAGCCACCUUCCGAUGUGUGACUGGAAGGAGGGGGGUUCAGCUAGGAAACUUCAGAAAGUAGAAGUAGGAAUUAGAAACAAAGCUUUUCUAAAAAUUCCCAAGAUUUGCCAAUAGUUUUGAAAGUAUAAGAAAGGGGCUGGAUACAAUUCUGAGUGCUUACGCAACAUAAAACUGUCUUCCUUAAAAAUAAGCUCUAAAAUAAAUUAGGAAACUGCCAGAAACUUUAGUAUAUAUAGAUUGAUGGUACAAUUUAUAAAGAAAUGUUUUCAGGCAACAGACAAAAAAUAAACCAAAUCAAAUUAAAACUCUGAUCUUGAUUUUUAAGCAGACAUUAUUGCAGGGUGGAAAAAACAAACAUAAAGGAUAUGCAUUAUGAUUAAAAUCAACACCAGACCCCUGCCAAUCUUUGUGAGAUACAUUCCGUAUGUGGAUCAACUUUUGUUCCUCACUGUUUCCCAGUAGUAAAGCGCCACCCUGUGGUCGCUUUUGGAGCAAAACCACCCAAUGACUUGCAAUACUGUACCUUUAAUGAGAUACAAUUCAAAAAUACCUUUUCUUCACAACAGUUCUGAACAACAAAAUGAACUAUGGUUUUCAUAUUUAAACAUAUUUGUGAGAUAAGGACCAUACUAGACCCCAAAACAACUUGAACUUAAGUUAGCAGAGUUAAUGAAUUAAUAAUGCUGGCAUUACUUAAUGCAAUAAAUCACUGAAGUUUGUCUUGAUGUGGGUAUUUUAUAUUAUCUCACUGCAUGUCUGUAUUGUCUUUAUUUAGAAGCUGAGAGCUUCAUGUUGGACUGGAUGAUACAUUGGCCUUGAUUUACACCCAAAGACUCACUUUGUUUUUAAGGAACUAUAGCAACCAAGUUAUUAUUGAAAUUGUUAGAAGGGAAUGUAAUUCCCAGCACGGAAAGUCAGAGAGUAUAUGUCUAACAAACAUGUUUCCUGAAGAUAUCUCUCACUAAAUGGUGCUAUAUUUAUUAAGUGUGUCUUUAAUAAAAACCUGGAACACC